CUCCUCGGACCUGUACGCGUCGACAAGAAACUCACCGUCUCCUCAACAGAGUUCAACAGGGUUGGAAGUUCGUGAGGGGCCCAUCAAUCACCGCACCUGGAGAACUGAACCCGCGAGUCCCCGAUACGUGGAAACGCAACAGCCGGAAGAUGACCGGCGCCGCUCCCCGCAAUAUCAUGUGCAAAGACUUCCUCACGGAUACUUGCCCCCGCGCACGCAAAUGUAAAUUCUCACACGACAGGAAAUCGGGAAUCUCUUGCCGAUACUUCAAGACAGGCAAGUGCCGAUAUGGAAAGCGCUGUCGUUACGACCACGCUCUGGAGCCUCCCACCGGCCCAUCAUCCCCUUCGUCUGCGGCUGCUCAAUCUGAGAGAACGUCUCGAACAUCCGAGCUCUCACCGCCCCCAUUAUGCGAUUUCUACGUGAUCGCGGGACAUUGUGUUGACAAGAAAUGCCCCAAGUUCCACGGAGAUCUGUGCCAGUUCUGCAGCAAGUUCAUCAUCGAUCCGAACAAUCCCGAUUGCAAGUAUCAACAUGUAAGAGCGUGCCGGCAGGCUCAUCGGGGCCGGGGACGUUCGGUCUCCGCAGCCAAGCGAUCAUCGAAGCUACAGUGCGGAGUCUGCUUCGAGGUCGUACUACGAAAAGAAGAAGAACUCUCAAGGAAGUUCGGCAUCCUUGAAAACUGUUCGCACAUUUUCUGCUUAGGGUGCAUAAGGAGUUGGAGACGAGUAAGAACUUUCGAAUUCUCCUUAACCCAUGGCUGUCCGGUGUGUCGAACUGAAUCGGAUCUGGUGAUUCCUUCGGCGAUCUUUUUCGAAACGGAAUUCGAAAAACGUGUGCUCAUCGCUUACUAUAGGGCAGCUCUGGCGGAGAAAGAUUGCAGGUUCUUCAAUCGCGGGAAGGGAGUUUGUCCUUUCUCGGGCCAAUGUCUCUCCAGGCAUGCCCUGCCGAGCGGUGAAUUGGUCCCGAAAACCGGUCUCCCCAGGCACAGCCGCCGACGUUACGAGAAUGAGCGGAGGCUCGAGUUAGAAGCCGCCAUGCUAUUCAGGGACAUGCGGCGCUUACUAGAGGAGGACUUCCUCUCGUAUGGCAUCGCGGAACCUUUCAAUCCAGAGUUGGCUCGAUGA